AUGCCUUCUAGGCACACUUUGUCGCCCACCAUUUCGUUCGUGACAUCUCCGAAAGCUGCAAAAUUCAAGCCUACGAACGCUCGGACAUCGCUGAUUGGUGGACAGGUGAACCUCAAACCGGUGUGUGCUAAGCCUCAUCGGGAGACGACACCGCUGGUCAACUUACCGAAAGAGCCUUCGACGCCCUGCCUGCUGUCACCGCCUGCGAAGGACUACAACAUGCGUUUUGAAGUCAACGGAACUCACCCUGCACCUUUCGCGGUGCAAGCACCCGUUACGAAAGUGGCAUCAAGCACCCAGCAAGUGGUCGAGACGACAGACUUUCAACAAAUCAGUCCCUCGUCAUCAGCAUCACAAAUCCCCUCCCCGGUUACCAACGUCAAGAAUGUAAAUGACUCCUUCCGCAGACUCAUCGACGAUCUGUUUCCACACAUCACAGGCGCCAACUCGACAUGCAACGUUGACUGCGAGUUCUCCAACAGCCUAGAAGUUGCCUCCCUCAGAAACCGUCUCCAUAGCAACCUGUGGAUGGCAAGCAUGUUUGACUGGUCCCAAGUGAAUGCCUCGAAUGUGGAAGGCAAGCACAACUACCUGUUGAGAUUGAUAAAAAUCGAGCGCUACUCCGGUCAGCCAUCGCUGGUGGAAUUGAUGACACUGAAUGAGCACCUCGAAUCCAUCUUCCAGAACAGCCAUCCGAGGCCCGUCGCUUCAAGGCCUCCACCAAUCAUGCAGGCUGGACUGGAUUGUCACAAACUGACGACGCGCUUCGGAAGUGCCAACAGUUCGCCCCAGAUACUGCCGGCCAUUCAGGACUCCUUCGGACCCAGUUCUGAGAGCACCUCGAGGUUCGCUUUAAAAGCUGUGCUUACAGAAUCGUUUCCUCGUUUACGAUCGCCGUCUGACCCCUCCCCCAUGAAUCAGGCUCUUUUGGUUGCUCUCAUCGACGAUUACUGA